UCACUGUCGCAGCCUCAUGGGGCCUCCGGCUUCCUAAUACCACAGCUUCUCCAUCUCCACCUUUAUAAAGCUAACACCUCGAUUUCCCUUCUCCUUCUUAAUUGCUUUCUCCCACUAAUCUCUCUCUCUCUCCCCCCAGCUCUCUUUCUCUCUUCUCACACAAACGGUUUGUAGGGUUAACGCACUGGCAAUGGAGUUCAACUUCGACCUUGAGAACCCGCUCUCCGGCACCGAUGAAAAAGCCCUCCAACUCUCAAAAAGACUAUUUCUCGGUUCCGCACACUCCGACGAGCCCGCCAUGCUUUUCGCCGCUGAAUCGGAGCACAUGUGCUCGCUGGCAAUUGCUCUAAACCAGCUCUCCACCCGCUCCCAUGCCCUUUCAGUCAUCGUCCAGGCUCAGUUCAGCAACAAUCUCGAUCCAGCACUAGCCUACCUUGCUGCCAACUAUAUUGAUCGCUUCCUCGCCAAAAGCCAGAUCCCGGAUGAUAAACCAUGGAUCGCACGACUCCUCGCCAUUUCCUGCCUCUGCCUGGCCUCCAAGAUGAAGAACAUUGGUUUCUCCCCUGCUGAUGUACAGAGGGAGGAGGGGUUCAUCUUCGAUGCCCGGACUAUUCGACGGAUGGAGCUGGUCGUACUCGGCGCUCUGGAAUGGCGGAUGCGAUCUAUCACGCCCUUUUCCUUCCUCCGAUUCUUCAUAUCCUACUUCCCCCUGACGAAUCCAAUCAUUAUCCAAUCUCUAAAGACGCAUGCCUCUCAGAUCCUCUUCAAAUUCCAAAGCGAUGUCAAAUCGCUCGAGUUCAAGCCUUCUGUGACCGCUGCUGCAGCGCUUCUUGCUGCCGCGCGCGAACUCUUCCCUGCUGAUUUCCCUUCCUUCCGCUCUGCCCUGCUCUGCUGUGAAUAUCUCAAUAAAGGCGGGGCGAAUAAUAGAGAGAGCUCAUGUAGGGCCCAAGCCAUAAGCACUGAUCGGGACGUGCACAAAAAAUUGAGCAUGCAGGCGGCGUAGUCUGAUGUCUCGGUUAGCCAUUUGGCUAUUCCAUCGCAAAAGUAAAUUGUGUUGUUUCAUUAUUAAUAGGUUGUUAGUUAAUGCCCCUUUCCAUUAUUUGAUAUUUAUGGGCCAUUACUUUUAGCCAACUCCUUAAUUGCUGUACUGUUUGCACUUCGAUUCGCUUUUGAUGUGAUGUACCAUUUACACUGUGGGCGAAGUAUGACCGUCAAUUAAUGGCAGCCCAGGAGAUGGGCUCAUUAUUGUAGCUCAAUUAUAGCACCAAUAUUUGCCCUC